AUGGCGUUCCCCCUUGCCGCCGCCAUCGCGGGCACUGCUGUUGCCGCAGCUUACCUCGAUGCCAAAUUUCUGAUUCACCAUGAUCUGACAUCAGGCUCCUUUGAUCGAGAAAAACCGGUCUCCUACAUCAGCAAAGUCGUGAGAGAAGACAGACAACUCACUUACCAUGUUCUCGAGGACCAGGCCACUGGCAAGAACGCCAACACCAUAUUCCUUAUCUUCGAAGGUCGAACAUGGACAUAUAAGCAGUUCUUCGCAGACCUCCAACGGGUGGGUAAUUGGCUGAUGAACGAUCUGGGCAUCGAGAAGAAUGAAGUUGUCGCCAUCAACGGCGGAAACAGCCCUGAAUACCUCUUGCUAUGGUUCGGCAUCGAUGCCAUUGGAGCCGUCCCAGCAUUCAUUAACUGCAACCUUACCCUCCAGCCCCUAGUACACUGCGUCAAGCUCUGCGAGUCCUGUUACCUAAUCUGCGACGAGGACGUACGUCAGCUCGUCGCCCCAGCAGAAGAAGAGCUCAAAUCCUUCGCCAUCCCCUGCCAACCAAUCUACUACUCCCGCAGCACCAUUGAGGCCCUCUCCAAUACAACAACGACUCGCGAAGACCGCCGCAAAGGCCUCGACCCAGCCUCAUUGCGCGCAUUGAUCUACACAUCCGGCACAACCGGCCUCCCCAAAGCAACCAAAAUUUGGACGUCCCGCGAAAUUAGCACUGGCCGCAGCGUAGCCGAGUACUUACAAUUGAGGGCCGGCAAAUCGCGCAUGUACACUUGUCUACCCCUGUACCACGGCGCCGCACACGGCCUCUGCGUCACACCAUCAAUCCACGCUGGGAGCACCAUUAUCCUCGGUCGGAAAUUUAGCCACAAGACGUUCUGGCUAGAAGUCUCCUCUAACAACGCAACGAUAAUUCAGUAUGUCGGCGAACUCUGCCGCUACCUAGUGAACGCGCCAAUCCAUCCCCUUGAACGAAAACACAAGGUGCAAAUGGCAUGGGGCAACGGCAUGCGUCCGGACGUCUGGGAAGUGUUCCGAGAACGCUUCAAUAUCCCCGUCAUCAACGAGCUGUACGCCGCGACGGACGGUCUUGGUAAGAGCUUCAAUCACAACCGAGGCCCCUUCGGCGCAAACGCAAUUGGUCGACGAGGGCUAUUAUGGAACUGGUAUAAUGCCGAGAAAGAAGUGCGGGUAAAAGUCGACGUCGUCACCGAAGAUAUUCUUCGCGAUGACACUGGCUUCGCGAUUCCAUGCAAACUCGGCGAAGCUGGAGAAGUACUGCAUAAACUCGACCCAGCUCAACCAGACGCACUCUUUCAAGGAUACUUCCGCGACAAACCUGCCAGCGAAAAACGGAAGAUUAGCAAUGUGUUCAAGAAGGGCGAUCUCUGGUUCAGAUCUGGGGAUAUGCAGCGGCAAGACCCUGACGGAUGCGUCUACUUCGUCGAUCGUCUUGGCGAUACGUUCAGAUGGAAGAGCGAGAACGUCAGCACGAGCGAGGUCUCUGACAUUGUCGGCAAGUUCCCACAGUUUGCUGAGACAAAUAUCUACGGUGUGAGUGUCCCGCACAGCGAUGGGCGAGCUGGCUGUGCGGCGGUUGUCCUCGCGGAAGGCGUGGACUUGGAUCAAGUUGACUGGAAGGGUCUCGCUACAUACCUUAUUGGGACACUACCGAGGUAUGCCGUACCGAUUUUCAUUAGGGUGGUCGCAAAUCUGGAGUAUACUGGGACGAUGAAGUUGCAGAAGGGACGGAUGAGAGCGGACGGAGCGGAUCCGAGUAAGAUGGGUGAUGAUAAGAUGUGGUGGCUGCCGAUCGGGGGAACGGAGUAUGUGCCAUUCGUGGAAAACGAUUGGGAGCGAUUGAAGAAUCGGAGUGCGCGACUAUGA